AAUUCUGCCAGCAUUUUGUGUUUUUUGUUUUUUAUUUAUUUCCAGCAUCUGCAGAUCCACUCAUGUUGCCUUUGAACACACUUUAGAUAGGUUUUUUGUGGCAAAUCUUCCCCACCAGUCCUAAAAGAGGUCUACAAGUAAUCAUGCUUUGAGCCCAACCGUCAAUUUAUGGUGAGUAUCUUGUAGCAGUGGACAAGAUGCCCUUUAUGCUGACUGUAUUUGUUCUUGCUGGUCUCCAGGGUUCCGAGCAUGUCUAGCAGUGUCCAGUUGAACCUCUUGGGCUGGAGGUCAUCCUGAGGGUGAUAAGGCGUAGCACGCUCAGUAACUCGUGUAUGAACCUACUCUCAAAAUCCCCUGAUCAGCGUGUAUCCGCCUGGGAAGGCUUAAUGAAUGAAAUACUUUUCCCGUAAAACUUUGGCCAUGGUGGACUCCCUCUGAUCCUUUGUAGAGAAGGCUUGAGCAUAUCUGGUGCAGUGUUCAGUAAUGACCAAGAUUUUCACAGUGUUGCUGCAAACACACCAAUCAAGUGGCCCCGCAAUCUGCAAAUGGGAAAAUGGAAUGGCCAAUGUAGGUAGUGUCUUCCCCCAAAUAAUAUUGACUUGCAGUAGAACUGAGCUCUGGCCUCGUCAAACUCCAGAUGACCUGAAUCAUCAUGAAGUAACCAGACACAAUCCUCCGAAUCUUCUCGAGCAGAACCAGCUGGGAACGCAGAGGCCUGUCUGGAGGAGACAUGACCUGGUACAGAACAAGUUUCCUCAACUCCAUUCUCUCAGCAGUAGAGAUACGGCAGGGUGUUUCAUCUUUUCAGCCUGGGCCGUAUCCCCCUUUCGCAACAGCUGUCCAAAUGGUAACAGUACAAGGGUCAUCUCACUGAGCGGUUGCCACUUCCCCUGUCCUCAACUCAGGCAACUGCUUUGUAUUCAGAGCGGUCGUUGCCGUAAGCUUACGGAAUGGCACAGCCAGAAGCUCCCAAAUGAUCCACAGCUCUAUCCUGCCAUAGCCUUGCCUCUGAUUUCCAUGAGGCAGAAAACUGGCACAUUAUUUUAUCUCCAGGUGCAGGAAUGCUCUCCCACUCUCCAUCCAGCCCUUCAUGUGCACAUCGGGACGAUGCAUCCGCAGCGAUGUUCCAGCUUUCUGCCCGAUACUUCAGGAUGAAAUCAUAGACAACACCGCCAACCACCGAUGGCUUGAGGCAUCCAAUUUUGCCAAGGUCAGGAUAUAAGUCAAUAGAUAGUUGUCGGUCCUCCCCUCAAACUUUGCACCCUAUAUAUAGUCACAACCCAUUUCAAUGUCAGGAACACCAAUUUGUGUGUGGGGUAGUUUCGCUCGGCGGGUGAUAAACUUCGGCUGACAAGUGUGACAGGUCACAACCCUGUGCCUUGAUCCUGAUAGAGAACACCCCUAAGCCCUAUCUGCUGGCAUCUGAAUGCAGUACAUACAGCGAUCGGGGGUCUGCAAAAGCCAGCACAGGCGCUUUCGCCUGUAGCUCCUUCAGUGACUGAAAGGCCACUUCAUGUUUCACAUCCCAUCUCACUCCAAGAAGCUUCGAAGGGCUAAGAUAAUCUUUACCAUCCUCUCCUUUUGUCGUCGCCCUGUUCUUCCCCAAGGGAGGGUAAUCACACAGAAGUUGAUUCAAAGGGUGACUCACUUCAGAGUAGUCCUUAACAAACCUUUGAUGGUACCCACAGAAUCCGAGUGUAGAGCUCUCUCAGUCUGGGGCCUUAGCCAUGUGGUCACCACCUCUAUCUUAGACAGAUCUGUAGCUACUCCAUCCCGUGAGGCUAUGUGCUCAACUUAGCUGACAGACUUCUAGCAAAAAUGGUGCUUGUCCAGUGACUGUUUUAACUCUUCAGCUUUCAGUGGCCCAGCACCUUCAGUAGCCUCAUCGCAUGCUCCCCCAGGGUAGACCCGAACAGAAUGAGAUCAUUCAAGUACACCAGUACCUCAAGCAAGUUCAUGUCCCCUGUAGACUUCUCCAUGACAUGUUGGAAAGUAGCCAGUGUUUCUGAUGUUCCCUGGGGCAUUCUUUCAAACUGAAAAUAUCCAAGUAGACAUGGAUGUAGUCUUCUCUUCAUCAGCCUCACUUAUGGGUAUCUGAUGAUGCCCACUCCUCAGGGCCAGCACACUGAACCACUUAGUUCCACUCAGGCAGGCCAGAGUGUCCUUGAUCCGUGGAACAGUGUACUUGUCAGGGACUGGGCGUCAUUUCAGUGUCCGAUACACAUUCCCAUUCCCCUUCACUAUGGGUGACGCAUAGGGACUCCAUGACUCAGUAAUACUCCCAGCUUCAUUCAGUUUCAGGAGAUGCUGCUGGUCCUCCAACUCUGCAGAUGUCAGACACUGUGACCUUUCUCUGAAUGGGGUGUCCUCUAUCACCUGGAUGGUGUGGUACCGCGGAGUCACCAAAGUUGAAUGACUUGGCUGUCAGCUUUCCUGAUCCAAGAGAUCAGCUGAACAAACGAUGGAGGGGGUGUCUUACAAGACAUUUGGAGGCUCACAAGAAAACCAGACAUAACAGUCACUGGAAAAAGAUGUGCCAUUGGUAUUCCCCACUGGAGGGUGACCUCUCUCCCGGAGGUGUUCCUGACACUCACUGUCAUCCUGUUCACCUGUACAACUGAGGGCCUCACCAGUACCCCAGCAGGUUCACCUUCUCCACGAUGUGGCUCAUUAUCUUCACCCUGGUGGUUGGAAUUCUCGUUUAUUACUUGUUUUUGCGUGAGAACCCCAGGAGCAUCCCGGAGGGGUUCGGCUGGUGGGGGGAGGGGGAUCCGCUGGAGGAGGAGGAGGAGGAUGAAUCCGUCAAGCCGUUCAAGCUUGAAGUGUCAGAGGAAAUGAUCCAGGACUUGUACAAUCGCCUGGACAACACCCGGUUCACCCCGCCACUAGAGGGCAGCUGCUUUCACUAUGGCUUUAACUCCACCCACCUGAGGACGGUGGUGUCCUAUUGGAGGAAGGACUAUGACUGGCGGAAGCAGGUGGCACUCUUAAACAGCUAUCCUCAUUUCAAAACCAGGAUUGAAGGGAUCCAGGUACACUUUGUCCACGUGAAGCCGGAUGUCCUUCCCCCAAACCGAGCCGUUCGACCCCUGAUGUUGAUCCAUGGUUGGCCGGGUUCCUUCUACGAGUUCUACAAGAUGACUUCCCUCCUGAAGGACCCUGACAGUCAUAACCUGGACAAGCACCAGAACCUGGCCUUCGAGAUGGUUUGUCCCUCCAUCCCAGGAUAUGGCUUCUCUGAGGCACCACACAAGCAAGGCUUUGACAAGAUCGCUGCUGCCCGCAUUUUCCACAAACUGAUGCAACGUUUGGGCUAUGAGCGUUUCUACAUACAGGGAGGUGACUGGGGUGCCGCCAUCGCCACGAACAUGGCACAGAUGAUCCCUGAGAAGGUAUUGGGAAUCCACCUGAACUUCUUCCCAUUGACGAAGCUGAAACUGCAGAUGCUUCCCUCCCUCUUUCUUGGGCCAUACGUGCCGUCGCUAUUUGGAUUCACACAGACUGAUGUGGAACGGAUGUAUCCCUUCAUGAGGAACAUCCAUAAACUGCUGAAGGAGUCGGGGUACAUGCACAUCCAGGGAACUAAACCAGACACACUAGGCUGUGCUCUCAAUGACUCCCCCGUGGGCCUGGCUGCCUACAUCCUGGAGAAGUUUUCCAGCUGGACCAACAUGGCUUUCCAGGAUCUGGACGAUGGUGGGCUGCUCAGUAAGUUCUCCUUGGACGAGCUUCUGACCAAUGUGAUGAUCUACUGGGUGUCGGGCUCCAUCACCUCCUCAAUGAGGAUGUACAAAGAGAGCCUAGGGGUGAAAGCCAUGAACGGGAUUGAUGGGAAGAUCCCAGUCUAUGUACCCACUGGAUUGGCUGCCUUUCCCAAUGAAGUAUUGCAUGUUCCAUUGACCUGGGCCAAACAGAAAUACAAGAGGAUUGUGUCCUACUCCUAUAUGUCACAGGGAGGUCACUUCGCUGCCCUGGAGGAGCCUGAGCUGCUGGCUGAAGACCUCAUACGCUUCAUUCAAUUUGUGGAAAAGAAUGGCUGAGAGAUGCAGAGAGUUCCAUCUGAACAGGCCCCCCCACACACAAAAUGGGAAGCCUUGUCAGAUAAUCACAAGGUGAAGAUGAUCCCUUCGAUCCCUUCACCUUCAGUUCAAUAAUUAGUUCACCUUCAAUAAUCUCCCGCUGUCAAAAUGGAGAAUUGGAGCUGUUGUUGACUUUUUUAUGAUCAAGUAUAAUGGACCAUUCCCCGAUGAUACCGUCCACUUUUCCUGGAGUCCUUUGCACUUCUCUGUCACACUGAGAAAUAAAACUUAAACAUUCCUAAC